CCCUGCUUUACCGCCUUUGCGCAAUCCGGGCUGUCUGGCCACGCCUGGGGCGGAAGAGGCGGGGAGAAAGAGAGAGAGAGCCAGAGAGACAGCACCGUGCGUCAUGUACCAGCGCCGGAAGUUGGUCUCGACACCUAGACUAGCCGGGUUGUAUUUGGAAACGCGGAGUGAGAAGUUUUUCCGUGCUGUGUAGGGGCUAACAAUGGACACCCAGAAGGACGUUCAACCUCCAAAGCAGCAACCAAUGAUAUAUAUCUGUGGAGAGUGUCACACAGAAAAUGAAAUAAAAUCUAGGGAUCCAAUCAGAUGCAGAGAAUGUGGAUACAGAAUAAUGUACAAGAAAAGGACUAAAAGAUUGGUCGUUUUUGAUGCUCGAUGAAACCUGGGAAUUCAGAGGAAUGUCUUCACUUAUACUUGGAUUUGCUCUCUUCACAUUUCUGAUUGUUGUAUAGCUUUCGAUUUUGCUUACAGUAGUUUCCCCUUAUGUUGGGGGGAUACAUUCCAAGGCCCCCAGUGAACUCCUGAAACCUCAAAUAGUACCAAACCUUUAUACACUGUUUUUUCUUUCCAUCUAUCUAUCUAUCUAUCUAUCUAUCUAUCUAUCUAUCUAUCUAUCUCUAUGAUAAAGUAUAAUGUAUAAAUUAAGCAUAGCAAGAGAUUAAUAAUAAUGUAAUAGAACAAUGAUAACAUACUGUAAUAAAAGUUAUGUGAAUGUGGUUGGUCUCUCUUGCUUUCAAAAUAUCUUCUUAUACAGUACUCACCUAUUUUAGAAUGUGGUUGACUACAGGUAAUUGAAACCACAGGGAAACUUUGGAUGAGGGGGUCACUACUGUACUUAGGAAUACAACUAUAUACAUAUGAUUUUAUUUUUAAGACCAUAUUAUAUUUGGGUAUCUACUAAUAUUUUGUAUAAAGCAAUUUUUUGUUCCAUUACAUGACUUUUUGUUUUAUUGUAUAUGUAAUCUGACAUACAAUAAAGGGUAAAGUUGCUUCCCCAAACCACACUUUAAUCAAAAGCUAGAAUCAUCUGCAGUCCUUGUUAAAAAUGCAGGUUUCUAGAACCCUCUGAAGUUCUGAUUAAAUAAAUUGCAAACCAC